ACCACACGCUUCAAACAUGAGAGAACAAAAAAGCAACAUAAUUUCCGUUUUACUUCUGGCAAUCCUGUUGCUUUAUACCGGUUUGGUCUGUUCCAAAACGUCUGAAGGAAGGUAUCAUGUCUUCAAAAAUUCUCGAUUUGACGGAAAUAUUAUUAAAACACUUACUUCGUGGUCAAUGACGCAGUGCACUGUAAAGUGUAGUGGAACGCCGGACUGCUACGGAGUGAACUAUAAUUCUGCCUCCCACGAGUGUGAACUUUAUAGUAAUGUGGGACCGCACCAUCUCGAAGGUGGUUUAUCUACGUGGUCAAAUGGAGUCCGAGAAAUAUGCGAUGUGCCUUACGGACCUUUCGGUGGUGCUGGUGGUAACAGGUUCAGUGACCUUGAUUACGCGUACAAAGGUCACAUUACCGGGUUUGAUCUCCAAUAUGGUCAUGAUGGUAUAUAUAGUAUCCGUUUUGUAUAUGGCGGCGUUGGAACAUCGAUACGCGGACAGACUCCAGGGACUCCAGUCAGCGUCGUUCUUUCAAAUAACGAGUUCAUCCAUACCGUGAGGGUUACGGAAUAUCAAGGUGUAUACUUACUUGUUGGGAGUAUCGCCUUGGUGACGAACACCGCGUGCUAUGGACCAUACGGCAUAGAGACGUCACCGGUNUCUGGAAAAAGAAUAUUCUUUGCAAUUUUUAAUGUGAUGGUUAAUUUCGUGCAUUUGAAUGGUUAUAAUGCCUAUAAUACCAAAUGUGUACAAUUGUUAUCAAUGGUGGAUAAGUAA